CAAUAACAUAUUACAAAGCACAGGAAGGAGUGGCAAGCAGAGUAAGUUUUAAACACACAUAUAAUCCAGUCCAGAAACAAAAAUUAUUAGCUUUUGCAUUCCGAGUGUUUCACCUCCUACUGGGUGGAGCAGGGGCUUAAAAGACACGAAGGAAUUUAACCACUGGCAGAAUUCUGGCUGGUGUGUGUGAAGAAUAGCUGCAUUAAACUGCCUGCAGAGAAAAAUUUAACCCACGAAAGCAGCAAACUACAUUUUUUGUUUGCAGAGCGAAACAGGAGAAUUAACAUGGAAGACGAUACUAUUAAGGUUGUGAAAAAUAAUGAAGAAUUUCAGAAAUGUGAUCAUGAGAGUCAAGAACUGAUUGUACCCAGCCACAGCCCUGCAGAGUCGCCAUGCUCAAGUCCAAAACCCCAGCAGCCUGCGCUAGACAAAGAUAGUAGUCAAGUGAACGCAAUUACAGUCCUUACUCUGCUUGAUAAAUUGGUAAACAUGUUGGAUUCUGUGAAGGAAAACCAACAUAAGAUGGAGAAGAGACAGAUUGACAUAGAAAACUCAGUGAAAGGCAUCCAAAAUGAUAUAACUAAACUAUCGAAAAAUCAUACCUCCACAAGCAACACAGUCAGCAAGCUAUUGGAAAAAUCACGUAAAGUAAGCACCAACGUGAGGCAGGUAAAGGAUCGGAUGGACAAGCAGAUUGGCCAAGUGAAGAAGUUAGAAAAUAACCACACCCAGCUCCUGAGAAGAAACAACUUCAAAGUUCUCAUAUUUCAGGAAGAAAAUGAAAUACCUGCAGAUGUAUUUCUGAAGGAACUAGACCCUGUGCCUAGCAUACCAGAUGGUCUAGAAGAGUCUUCUGACCCUAACAAGUCUCUGGAAGAUACCAUGCAAACAAUUGACCUGUCUUCCGAUGAUGACCUUAAUCUUGAAGAAGACGCACAUGAUAGUACUGAAGAGAAAUCUGAGCACACAAGAGCAGAAAAAAUUAAAAGAUCAAGCCUCAAAAAGGUAGACAGCCUAAAGAAAGCAUUUUCACGUCAAAACAUUGAGAAAAAGAUGAACAAAAUCAGCACUAAAAUUGUGUCACCAGAAAGGAGGGAAAAAAUUAAGAAGUCCUUCACUCCUUCACAAAGCAAACCCUCAAAAAGCUCAUCUUUUAAGGUUCCUCCACUUAUUUUUGGUAAGAAAACACAUGAAAACACUCAGGAAGAAAAUGAUGGAAAACUUGAGAAACACACUGUUGAAAAUCAAAGUUCAGAGGUUAAUGACACAAAUUUGUUAACUGAAAAUGUACCUUCAAUGUUAUCUACACCAGAGGAAACAAAAGCAGCUAUUGAUUUAAUAGAAAGAGAGACUGUGGCAAAAGCAUUUCAGAAAGCACAGGACAUUAAGCCCUCAGUUAUUGAUGAUGAUGAUGAGGAGGAGGAGGAGGAGGAAGUUGAAGAGCAAUUUGAAAGUGAAAAUCCAUUUAGUGCUGAUUACAAACCAAUAUCAGAGGAAACAUAUGAGGAAACAAUUCAGUCACCGGCUCUUGAAACAGAGCAAAGUACAUAAAAGCUUUAUUCUGUGUCUAAAAAGAAAAUGACGGAACAUAGUAUAGCUUUAGCAUAAUCUGUUUGAUUGUUAGUAAAGACUACUACACAAGGGAUGGGAGAAGUAUUACUACAUUAAAGUAUUAUUCUUAGGAAAUUUUAUUUUUAAUAAAUAAUCACCAAUAUUACUCACAUAAGGGAUACUGUCACGGUAAACCAUGCUAUUUUCAAAACACUUAUCUUUUCAAAAUAACAUUUUUCUAAGUCCCUUCUGCCUUUUGAAAUGUGCUCUGAUAAGCCUCAGCCUCUAUUUACUGCUGCACUGCAAGUUAAAAUUAUGUCAAACACUUCCUCCCCCAAGCAGCUCAUACAAUGCAAACAGAGACAAGUCAGCCUUUGAACAGAACAUUGCACAGGUACCUAGAUAACAGCUCUCCCUGACACCUCUUCUGAAGGUUAGUGCUGCCUAAACUGAUAGAAGCUCCAUGUUUCUAAGCUACUACCACUAGGGUUGCCACCUCUGCUGGCAUUUGUCACUGGGCAGGGGACAGGGAAGAAGCAGGGCUGUGACAUCACGGGGUGGUGAAGAGGGGGGCCGUGACAUCACUGGGCAUGGCUAUGAUGCUCUGAUUGGCUGAUUGCUGCGUCAGUCUCAGUGAGUCCUGUCCGAUUUUCCUAAUUUGGAAAACUGGGCAGGAGGUUUUUACCAAAAGCCAAAAGCCUUUCAAAACUGGAGAGGUGGCAAACCAACUACCACUGCUUUGCUUCAAACUCAUAGUAUGUACUAGUGGAAAAAUGUCCUGUAUUUCAGGGGAAAAGUGGAGAAACAGGCAAAACUGUCUUGGCUGCCAUCUUGCCCAAAGGUAACUGCAAUCUCAGUAGGUGACAAAGCUCAAGAAAAUACCUUAAUGGCGCCCUAUGCAUUUUAACACAAUUACUCAUGCUGCAUUUCAGUGAAUAUUAGCAGUGCUUUAAUGCACAUAAUCAGGCAGUUCAAAUUAACAUCAACAGGAAGCAGCAUGCAAUGUUGAAAAAACUGCCCCAUAUGCCAUUACCUUCGAACUCUCAGAAUCAGCUUCUAGAGAAAAAGCCAUAUUCUAUCUAUUUUAUUCUAUUGUCUAUCGAUCUAUCUAUCUAUCUAUCUAUCUCAUCUAUCUAUCAGUCUAUCUAUUUGUAAAAAAUGGUGCAGUGAUUUCCAAGAAUAUCUCCACGUCCUCUAUAUAUAUAUAUAUAUAUAUAUAUGAGGAUAUAAAAACCAGAGGGUACAGAAACCUCAAAUUCAUUACAUUAUUACAUAUAUUUAGAGGUAUUGUCAACAAAUACAGUACAUUAUAUACAGUGAGGAGCAACAGAUCCUGACACCCCAGAACCACACUUAGCUUUCAAAAAGCAGUUUGAAGGCUGGAGUAUUUUGUAGCAACCUAUAGCCUGCACUGCUACAAAUGCUUCCAUGCUCUACCUAGUGGCAGAUAUGAGAAUAGCACCAAGAAGUAGAAAUCUGUGAAUAUGGAAAGACUGUUUGUGCAAUCACAUUACUGAGAUGUCUGCUCACACCAUUAUUAAAACUAAAAAAUACAGUAAUAAAAACUGCACCAUAAAAAUCUUGACAGUAUCCCUUUAAACCUGAAAGUUGCCUAAUUUAGGUUUGUAUAUUCAGUUAACAUAACUAACCAUUUUUAUACAUUCUGCCAUAUGUCAAAUAAAUGUAACAUUACUUUUACAAUCGCAAUUUAUCAUCACUUGUAUUAUAAAAUUAUUUUCUAAACAUUUUCAUUGAUACCACAAUAUUUAUGUUGAUAUUAAGGCAAAAAUAUAGUCUACACUGUUAGCUUAAAAUUGAUUAAUUAAAAAUAUAUGACCUUGAAAUUAAAAAAAAAAUACCUUAUGCCUUUACUGCUUUGCAUUAAUAAAGCAUUUUAAAUAAGCACAGCAGCAA